AACAUAAAAUUGAGUGAGUAACCUCAUCAAAACAAAAAUAAAAUGUUAUCGUUAAGAAAUAUUAAUUCAAGUAGAUUUAUAGCUCGAAGAAUCCUUAAUAAUUUUGAACAGCUUCAUAGAAACAAGACAACAACGCCUAUAAAUCUGGGAGUGCUAUUUGUGCCACAACAAGAAGCAUGGGUUGUCGAACGAAUGGGAAAGUAUUCGCGCAUCCUCCAACCUGGUCUGAACUUUCUGAUUCCAAUAAUUGAUCAAAUUAAAUACGUUCAAAGUCUGAAGGAAAUUGCAAUUGAGGUUCCUCAGCAAAGUGCUAUCACAGCGGAUAACGUUACGUUAAAUAUUGAUGGUGUUUUAUAUCUUAAAGUUAUGAAUCCUUAUGAUGCUUCAUAUGGUGUAGAAGAUGCUGAAUUUGCUAUCACUCAAUUAGCACAAACUACGAUGCGUUCUGAACUUGGAAAGAUAAGUUUAGAUAAAGUAUUUCAAGAACGUGAAUGCCUUAAUGUUAGCAUAGUUGAAGCUAUUAAUAAAGCAUCAGAAAGUUGGGGAAUUCAGUGCUUACGUUAUGAAAUUCGUGAAAUAAAAAUGCCACAAAGAAUCCAUGAAGCUAUGCAAAUGCAAGUUGAAGCAGAACGACGUAAAAGAGCUGUUGUAUUAGAAUCUGAAGGUAUCCGAGAAGCUGAUAUCAAUGUUGCAGAAGGUAAGAGGCAAUCAAAAAUAUUAGCUUCUGAAGCAGAAAGGCAAGAAUCCAUCAAUAUUGCUGAAGGUCAAGCGAAAGCUCUUCUAACAAUAGCGAUGGCAAGAUCACAGGGUUUAAAGCAUGUAGGGGAACAACUGAAGAAUCAAUCUGGAAAUCAUGCUGCAUCUUUACUCGUAGCUGAAAAUUACAUUCAAGCAUUUGGAAACCUCGCAAAAACUGGAAACACUCUUAUUCUUAGUGCUAAUGCCGCAGAUGUCAGUUCAAUAGUCUCACAAGCUAUGGCUACUUAUAAAACCAUUAAUGAUAAACAAAAUAAAGCAAACUUUAUUCCCGAAUCGCCAGCUACAACUUCCGAAAUUAUCAAUAAUCCAGUUGAUAACUUUUCAAAUAUUAUUGAGUCGAAAAUAACUGAUGUAAAGGAUUUAGGAAUCGAUCAUGAUGAUCCUACUAAUUUAGACAAGAAAUAAAUUUUAAUAGACGUAAUGAAAAAAGUUUGAUC